ACGAUGCGUUCAGGAGCGGUCGGUUGCAACUGCGAGGACUUGUUUGUCUUUGUAGGUUUUCAUAUUUCUCAAUUAUAAUUGAGUAUUUUAUAGUUACACUCUGCUUUGGAAUACAUAAUGAAGCAUGUUUGUAACAAUUGAUGCUAUAAAUUACACGGCGGCUACUAUUCGACGACCUGAAAGCUUAACGUUAAGCGUAAACGUUACUUUUCCUUAAAUGUUGUUUUUGGUGUGAACCUGAAUGCAGCAGCGGCAUGCAUUAAGUGACGUCACAGGCCGGGCGUGGACCGCGGCGGCGGUGCAGCGUGGAAACUAGGUGGCAGCCAACUUGGGUAAUGAUGGGGGAAGGAGAUGGGGAUGAAAGGCGUGUUGGGUAAUUUUGCUGCAGCUCAGCAGGCGUCUGGAGAACGUGGUGAAGUGUUAGAGUGGCUAUUAUUUCCUAUUUAUUGGACCAAAAUACUUCUAUAAAUUUUUUACAAUCUACACUUUGCUAACGUCUUUAUCCAUAAGACACAGACACUAGAUGUCUCUCUCGUGUUGUGCUCCCGUCUCUUAACUGUAUUGUUUUAAGAAAAGCUUUUGCCACAUUAAAACCCACAUUGGUUGUGGUUUAUUGAUUAUGGUCAUAUUCAGUGACUUGGUGAAAGUCACGGAUAAAUAGGUUUGUGUGUGUGUGUGUGUGUGUGUGUGUGUGUGUGUGUGUGUGUGUGUGUGUGCGUGUUUGUGUGUGUGUGUGUGUGUGUGUGUGUGUGUGUGUGUGUGUUUGUGAUUGUGAAAAAAUGGCCAAACAAACCUUUUUUUGUAGAAGAUGAUGUCACAAACACAGUGAUGAUCACUAUAAUGUAGUGUGUUCUUGUUAUGUACGGAGGCCUCUCACAUUGACUGUCUUGCUGCCAAGUUUGUGCUGUUAAUUUCCUUCAUUAUAAACGCCACAUCUGGCUCAUGUCUUAUGUCGGUCCAAAUCAGUGGGGGUAUAAGAAAACCUAAUUUUUUUGAGAGGCACCGUGCUGUGUCAACCGAUGCUUGUAGCUCCAGCCUGGAAGGUAUUUCCUGAUUGGUUGCUGCGAGCAGUGCGGGUCAGAGUGGAAGCCCACAUACAAGUGUGGUCAUUCAGUGGCUGUGAACAGUGCUCGGUUUUCAUCUCACUCACAUGUGGAGGCUCCGAGGCAGGCAGCCAGACGGACCUGCAGAGACGUGGAGUUGCUAUGGCCGUGGCAUUAUUAUGGCUGUUUUAUCUGCUUAUCGCACUGCUGCCUGCUGAUUGUUUUCAGGGAGAACCCCACCUGUGCGACUCAAGUUGUGCUGGGCUUCCUGCUCCUGACUUAUCCUUUCAGAGGGGGGUGAGGUACACCUACAGGUAUAGCACCACAGUUACCACCAGCCUACACGGCUCCAACGCAGGCAGGAACGGCCUGGCUUUGGACUGCGUCGUUGACAUCGACGUGGUCUCCAAGUGUCACCUAAUGAUGCAGAUCAGGAAUCCACAGAUAAAGCGCCUUUCGCCUCAGAAGGAACACUCGGUGCAGCGCUUAAAAAGCUUGAGGGAGUCACUGGAGAGAACGCGCCUCAAGUUCUCCCUCCGACGGGGAAAGGUCACGGCCCUCUGUCUCCAGGAGGGGGAGCAGGUGUGGGCCCUCAACAUUAAAAGGGCUUUACUGAGCAUGCUCCAGACCUCCCGCACAGCCUCCAAACAGGAAUUACAAAAGGAGACGGAUGUAUACGGGACGUGCACCAGCAGGUACGAGAGACAAGGGGCUGUGCUGCUGAAAACCAGGGAUCUAAAGCAGUGCCAGGAAUCCAGACUUGCAAACCUUUGGCCUCGUUCAGUGGUUCUAAGUGAAGAUACACCAGUGCAGACAGAGCUUCACUGCGUUCAGCGCAGUGGGUCCACAGUAAUGGAAGAGGUCAACUGUACCGAGGCGGUUUCAGUGGCAACGUGGUCCAAGGCUCCGGGGCAUCUGAAAACCCAGACAGUGUCCACGCUGCUGCUGCUGAGGGCCCAGCCAGGCGCUCCUUCAGGAGCAGAGUCUUUAAAUGGUGGAGCGCUAACGGACCUGACGUUUGAGGAGGAAGGGGCUCCGAGGGAAAGGAAAUUCAGAAAUUCAACACCUUUGCAAGCAAGUCAGACUGUGAGGAGGCUGUGCAGCACCACGUCGGACCUUCAGCGGACGUCACAAGAGUUCCUUCAACUAACGUUCCAGCUGAGAGAUCUGACUCUUUCUCAACUGAAGAUGCUUUGGCAAGAAGUGUCUUUCAAGUGUCGCAAUGACUGGCAGCCAUUGUUAGACGCAUUACCGGUGUGCGGGUCCGAGAACUGCCUUGUGCUGCUGACGGACCUGAUCAGGAACAAAGAGGUGGAGGAGGAGCAGGCUCGAUCUUUCCUCACCACCAUAGCCCUCGCCCCACAUCCAUCCCCACAGAUCAUCGACUCUAUCAACGCCUUACUGGAGGUGCCUGAGCUGCAGACCAAGGCCCUGUUGGCUGGAUCAUCUUUGGUCUAUCAAGUCUGCCAAAGAUCCCAAACUCCCUGCGAUAAACUUCCUCAUGUGCAGACUUUCCUGAAGACUUUAUGGGAAACCCUGAAGGAAGGCUGCGAAAAACCUGCUCGAUUGACUGAGGUGCUGUAUGGGCUGAAAUCAGUGGGAAAUGCCGGCCUGUCUGCUCAGACCUUCAUUCCUCUCUUAAACCGCUGUGUCCUCGGCCACUCCACCACACUGCAGCUGAGACUCGCUGCUGUCCAGGCCUUCAGACGCUUCCCCUGCUCAGCUGAUCGGUCUGUGCUGUUGCAGCUGUACCGCUCAUCCCAGGAGGAUCCUGAGGUCAGAAUCGCCGCAUACCAGCAGCUCAUGCGCUGCCCUGACCAGAACAUAUUCACAGUGGUGAGAAUAACUCUGAGGAAUGAGACGUCCAGCCAAGUGGGCUCUUAUGUGUGGAAUCACCUGAAGAAUAUCUUAAGAAGUGAGGAUCCCAUGAAACAGUCACUGAUUGAGUCACUGCCUGACGAUAUUAUCAGCAGAGACUUUGAAGCUGAAUUUUUAAAGUAUUCGUCCUAUUCUGACUACACAUUUGCGACAGGAAUGGGAAUCAUUAACUUGGAAACAUCUUUAAUUUUUUCCUCCAAAUCGUUUCUACCGAGAUCUGCUUCCGCCAACCUCACACUGUAUUUUUAUGGUAGAGCCCAUAACCUCUUGGAAGUGGACCUUCACGUGGAAAACGCUGAAUCGCUUAUGAAGAACAUUUUUGGCCACCAGACUCCCGACUCUGAUGAAGAAUCUGCCAAUCAAAAGCAUGAGAAGGAGGCGAGGAGGACAAGAAGAAGAACUGAUGAUGACAAUAGAAAAGGAAAAGAAACAUGUUCCUCCAGCACUAACAGUUUUAUAACCCAGGCUAAAGCCAUGUUGUCUGGGAGGAGGAGAACCGAGGAGAACAGUCCCAGAUGUUGGGUUGCCGUCAAGGUGUUUGGAAAUGAGCUCAGCACAUUUACGUGUGAAGAUCUCCACAGGCAAAUCGACCAGCUGUCGCUGAGCAUGGCAGGGCUGGCUGUCAAACUGCUCAAGGGUCAUGAGGUUCAGCUGAACCACAGGGCCGUGCCGAUGUCAGACCAGCUGAUUUUACCAUCCCUGUCUGGUUUGCCCAUCAAAAUGGGCAUCAACAUGACCUCUCUCGUCUCACUGCGUCUGAAGGGCAACGUCAACUAUCGGGAUACGUCUCACUUCUCCUUGACUGGACACGUCAAACCCACGGUUUAUGUGGGCCUGUCAGUCAGGAUGGGGGUUGACGGUGCUUUGGGUCAGGCUGCGCUGGACUGGGUGUCAGAGCUGAGGAGCUCCACCAGUCUGGACGGCAGCGUUCAGCUGCAGGAGGGGAGAGAUGCCAGGGUCAUGCUCAACACGCCUGAGGACGUGAUGGACGUCAUUUCUCUCAGCUCCCACGUGUUUCAGCUCAGUGGAGAUCACAGGGAGGAAAUAAAGGGGCCAAAGUACCGUGUUGAGAAGACCACCUGCACACCGAAGGCGUGGUCUAAGAUGGUUGGCUGGCAGCUAUGCUCCAAUUCCUCGUACCCGUCACUUUCUACUGGUGUUUUGCUUCCCCCUCCGGGACCAGUCCAUUUCUCCCUCAGGCUGCUGAAGCUGGACAGAGGCCUCCGUUAUUACCUGCUGGAGGCUGCCUACUCGCUACUGCCACAGAGAGGCACCUGGUUCCCCAGAGAGGUCUCCAUCCACCUCCUUCUGGCCACUCCUCAGUCUUCUAUCUCCAGGGACAUGUCCCUGGACCUGGCCUUCAGCCCUCACAGACUUCUGCUGAGGAUGGCCCAUCCUCUGAAAACCAUCCACAUACAGGGGCAAAUGGAACAAGAGGGGAAAAUAAAGUCUGGGAAAUUGGAGUUGAUAAUUGAUGGCGUCUCCUACUAUAUUAUGGGUUUGGUUGACGCUCAGAUGCUGUUGUCAGACCACAGGACACGCUACCACCUCGAAGCCAAAAUGGCUGCUGACAGACAUCCCAUGAUCCUCUCUGCUAACGUUACUCGCGAACUGGGCAGGAAGACCAGCUUCUCUGCCACUGUCAAGAACGUGUUCCGAGAUACGAUGUCCCUGUCAGUGGCCCUGGAGCGCAGACGUGACAGCAGCAGCAGACAGUACUCCUUGGAGGCCGAGACCCUGUUACCCGGCGUGCUCGGCAGCCGGAUGCUGGGCCUGAUGGAGCACAAGGGCUCAGUGUGGAGCUCUGCGCUGAGGCUCAAAUACGGCCUGGGAGGUGAUGCUCGACACCUGCGGCAUGAGUGCUACACGUCCCAGCGAAUGAGGAGCGAGAGGGACGCCAACCGGACUUACAUUAUGAGAGCAGAUCAUGAAUUCUACUGUUCCAACACUGCUCCCAUCAACCACAAGAUGCACCUGAGGCACGAAGAAAGCCCCAGGCAUGUUAAAUCAUCUCUGGAGUUGAGCUACGGUGAACACUGGGACGAGAUAAACAACAAAUGCAAACUGCAACUGAGUCAGUCCCUCAGGAACCAAUCCACACCAAAUCACACCAGCUACGCACUGGAGUUCAGUCUCCAAAUGCCAGAGAAGAAUCUAAACUACAGGACCCAGCUGCUACACUCUCACCUGAGGCAGUUUGGGUCUGAGAGCAGCACUCACCUCAAAAUCAACUACAACAACCAGAUGCCACUAGUUGCUGGUUUACACUGGAAGAGCAAUCUCAUAGAUCCCCUGCAGAGGAAAUGGGAAGGCACGUUUAACAUGGACACACCGUGGCUGUACAUCUACACCACACACAAGCUAAACCAGCUCCAGCAGCACACGCUCCAGCUCACUUCAGAGCUGACAGCCAGCAAGUGGCUGACGAUCCGUAACCUCGUCCUGGAGGGUUUCUACAGGGACAGGGGCAGGGAGAGGGAGGCCCGUCUGGAGCUCUACACACCAGCUGCCACCUACGUUCAAACCGGAGGGUGGUGCAUGGUGGGGAAGUGGAGUGUGAAGGUCUCCUGCUCGCUGAGUUCAUUGUGGACUCCUCCCUUGAGAGGAGACAUCUCCCUGGAGGCCUCCAAAUCCAGCCACACCCUGCAAAUGUCCUCCUCCCUGGGCAAGCAUAACAUCAGCAUUGCUGCUGCUCUGAGCAACGUAGAUAAGAAUUUGAAAAAGAGGCAAGUGACACUGAAGGCGACGCUCUCGAAGCCCAAGAGUUCUCCCGCAGAGCUGGACUUUGAAGGGGCAGUGCAGGAGCUGAGGAAGGACAAGAAGAUGUAUCAGAAAACCGCAGUGCUGAAGCUUAGACAGCCCUUCCACACCUUUCCCCAGAACCUGCUCCUCAGGGAAACGUUCACCGUCGACCUCCUAAAAGGCCUCUACGUCCUAGAGUCCAAAGGUAUUUUCAGUGACAGCAGAGAGGUCAUCCACACGCUCACCCUCGGCUACCGACCACACAGUCCUUUUAUUUGUUCUGCUCUGGUCCAUCCUUUCAACUCUGACACUGUUCCAUCGGACUCAGAAAUGUGUGUGACUGUGUCCAGCAACCAGACCCAGAAAGACAUGCAAGGAAGGUUACGGGUCGGCAGCAAGGACAGACUGACGUUCUUCGGACAGGUUCAGCUCAAUCCUUCGCAGUCAAGUCACCAAUCAGUGAAGGUUAAAGCCAAUUUCACCCACCAACUCCAGCUGCAGCUCCCCGCCUCUGCUUUAAUGGAGGGAGACGUGCACUGGAAGUCCAAGAACAACACUGACUUUGAUUAUCAGACGAGAGGGAAGCUGAGAAUAGAGCGACAGGAGUGCCAACUUUCUCUCCAUCUGAACGGCACAUCAGGCCGAGUGGGGCUGUACUCGUCCCUCAGGCAUCCCUUUAAAUCAAAGCUUCCCAAAACGCUAGAGGUGAAGGCCACUGCCGGCCUGUGCGCAGUGUCUGGUACAGGCAGCAGCUCCGUACACGUGAGGGCCGACGGGAAGGACAGGGUGAAGCUGGAUGCUCAGAUGUCCCACUUCCACCACAGCCAGGACCGAGGCGUGGGAAUAAAGAUGAACUUGUCCCAAAGCUUGCUGCCAGUGGCCACUGACCUGCAUCUAAACAUGGCCGCCAACAUGUCCUCAGACAGUGUGUCUCUGCAUGGCUCAUAUACACAGGGACGUAAGGCUCUGCUGGCUCAGAUGAAGGGCUCACUAAAAAACACCAGGGGUCUUCAGCUGGCUGUGUCGGGGGACCUGAGGCACUCUAUGGCCAGCCUUGCUAUUCUUCCUGCAGCCCUGGGGUUGGAUGGGGCGCUGGCACAGUCUGACACCCUCACAGAAGGGCAGUUGAGAGUUAGAGUAAUGGACACCGUGUACUGUGUGGAGCUGAGACAUCAGGAGGACCCUGCAGAAACUCCAGACAGACUAGAGGAUGAAGGCAUGCUGGGAGAAAAGUCCCACGAGGCUCGUGAUUGGCUGUGUGUUUGGUCAGGCGAGGAAAAUCUGUGUGUGAAUGUGAGUCGGCAGCAUUGGAAUCAAGGACGGGGUGAGAUCCACACCCGACUCUCUCACUCCUUCCAGAAGCUGAAUGCCACAGGGUUACCUGCCAACAGUAGCGCCCAGAUGAGGUGGACUCUGGACAGUAAUACACUGUCAGUCACUGCUGAGCUGCAGGCGGGGCCUGAACACCUGACCGCAGAGUUUACUGGAGGCAGGACAGAUCAUCUUAUGCCACGAUGGGAGUGUUUCUCCAACCUGCAGCACCAAGUCAAAGUCCUGCUGGAUAGAGGCCUGCCAAGCUCCCUCCAAACCAAAGCACACUACCAGUCUGAAGCAGCAGGUCUGAACACAGGUUUGGACCUUGUUAUAGAAGAUGUGAGAACGGCCAGCGUCCUUUUUAGUAUCGGGUCAAAGAACAGCACAGCUUUGAUGGUGAUGUCACUAUGGCAACAGAUGAAGCUGCUCCAAGGACUCAUACCCACCUCUUUACAGAUGAACUGCACAGGGGAUGCCACGGCAGAUCGACUCUCGGCCCGUUGCUAUGGUAACGUGUCGGGUCAUCCUGUGGAGGUACGCAUGUCUCGCUCCCAUAGGCCACACAGGAGGCUGUGCUACGGGCUAUCGCUCGCUUACGUCAGCCUCGGGGCUCAAGCCAAGGGCUGUUACAGCCCGAACGGCCACACUGAGCUCAGAACCAACCUCACUCAUUCCUCUGAGCUGCUGCGGAGGCUUUUGGGAAUACCCACUAAAUGUGGUCUGCGGCUCCUGCUCAGGCCUGGGCCUCAAAGGAAGUCCCUGGGUGUUAGUUUGGUGGCAGGCCCGUGGAAGAUGGAUUCUAGCGUGGGGCUGAGGGUGGAGAGGCCUGGGCUGUACGGCUGGCAUGGGCUGCUUGACUAUGGGACCCCCAGCGUUGCGCACAAGGCUGAGGUCAAAGGUCAGGUGAGGUUGAAAAGCCUGUGUCACAUCUGGGCAGACGUCAGCGUGAUGUGGGACUCGGUCAUCUCCAGUCUGUUGCUUUCUGUCCAGUGUAAAGGUGUGGGGAAACUGGUGUGGGUGCAGGCUACAGACAUUCAGGGAGGUGUGACGCAUAGAACAGUUUUAACCAUACGCGGACAAGCAGCGGAAGAUGGACUCAAGGGAUCUCUGGCUCUAGUGAGUGGGCAGGACUCCCUCCAGUGCCUCUUGUCUGUUCUGCUAAAGGACCAAAAGGCUGAAGUCAGUUGGAUCCUUCAUCACAACUGGGCCUCUGUUGCCCUCAUCAUGCCAAAGAGAGUGGAGCUCCAGGGUUCAGGUCAGCUUCUCAGUACCUCCUUCUCUGGAAGCGCUCGACUCUCGUGUGACGCACGCGUCGCACAGAUGGACGUGACCUGGGAGCGCUCGAAUUCGUUCAGGGUCGUACUUCACCAAAACACGGCCUCGGCUGCUUCACCAGGGCUGCUCAUCGUUAGCGUGUUGAGCACAGGCAGCCGCGUCCAGCUCGAGGUGGAAGGCGACGCGUGCUCCCUGCUUCUCCUCACGAACCAGCAUGCGGGAGCAGAGGACGGGAGGACUAGCUGGAGCGUUUACGCCCAGCAGCGAUGUGACUUAAUGAAGACUGUCCUGCCCCCUCAGAGCUCAAUCGACAUCUCCGUCUCCCGUUCUGGCAGCAGCACAAGUGUCAGUACUGUCCUCCAGGCUGAGGGAAAACAAAACGCCAGUCUCAUGCUGCACCUUGCUCAUCAGCCAAGCCUCACGGUCAGAGCAUCGCUCCAGAAUUCUAUAGACCGAAUGCUCAGGCUGGGAUUUCCCUCCCGUGGCGAGGUCUCCCUGAACGCCUCUACCCAGCAUGGUGUGUGGGUUGGCUUGGAGCUGGGGAACUGUUACAUUCAAGGUGGAUUUGUGAAGAACAAAGACACAGAAGGGGAGCAGACUUCUUACUCGGUCACUGGGACCAACAGCUGUCCUGCUCUACAGGGAACAGUCCUGCCGGUGUUUGUGACUCUCCAGGGGUUCCUGUCGGUCGCUCCCUGCUCCCUGAUGCUGACCUCCUCACUGAGGGCGGACAACCGAAGCCUCUCGCUGGAUCUAAGCAGGUCCUGCAGGCCCCAGCAUCUGUCCGGGAGCCUCGCCCACUCCUUCCCUGCGCUGAAGAGACACGGUCUGCCUCCCGUCCUCAACAUAGAGGCCACUUCUGGUGGUGCCUCACAGGUUAACAGCCUGUUCGUCAAGGUUGGAACGUGUCACAUUAGAGCCAACAGAGACACGGAGUCCAAAACACAGACUAAGUGGCUCUGGUCUCUGGAGUCCAGGUGCCCACUGUUACAGACGCAGCUGAAUGGCUCAGUGUCCCAGGACCCUGACGGAUCAUGGAUCGCCGAGGUGGAGACUGUUCUGCAAGAGAAAAGGGCUUUCCUGAGGCUCAAUGCCAGACCAUGGCCAGAGCUGAGUGUGGAGGGUCAGUUCAGUCACAACCUCCCAGCUCUGAGAGGUUUACCUGAACGCAGCACAAUAAAAGUCACCAGCAGAGUGGGAAAACAGCAGCAUGACAGCGAAGCCCUCGUUCAGAUGGACGAAUGCGCCAUCAGAGCCAGGGGGGCGCUGGUUUCACAGCCGGGCCUGCAGGGGUCGCUGGCGUAUCACAACAACUGCUCUGUGAUUCAGGAGUGGGGUAGUCCUGGCAGGAUGCUGGUUUCUGGGUCCCUGCUUGUCUCCCCAGCAUCCGCCAUAUCUGAGGUCGCCAUGACGAUAGAUGAUACAGGUUUACAAGGUUUAGUCGCCCUUAAGAAAACUAAGGAUCAACAUGAAGCAUCGCUUUAUCUAAACCACUCUGCGCUCCCCCUGAAGAAGCUGGGGCUCCCUCUAAAAACAGCACUCACACUGAAUUCUGGGAGCCACAGUAAUGGCUCAUACUUUUACAUAUUCAAAGCCAACGCGGGAGCUCAAAUGAUAACUCACGAGUUGACGGUCUUAAAGGCAUCUAAAACUAUAAGAGUGAAUGGUAAUCUCAGACAUACAGUGAGUUAUCUGAAGACAGUGGGGUUCCCUGCAAACAACAGCCUCCAGGUAGAGCUCGGCUCUGCUGAGGGGAAGACAUUGACCCUGCAGUCCCAGUUUGGAGGUCAACAGGCCGGACUGAGAGUGAAGAUGAGAGCCGUCUCCAUGACCAAAGACCUGCGAGGAGGCAUGUGGCACAGCUGGCGGUGGCUUCAGGAUAGAGGAGUGCCUCUCAAAGUAGAGGGCCUGUGUUCCAUCCAGGGGGUGUUUUCUCAGCUUCAGUCCAGGGCUCAGCUCACCGUGGACAGCCACAAGCUGCUCACCUCUGGAUUCAACGUCAGUACGGCCGAUGGACGUCUGGCUGUACACGUCUCCUUCUCGCCACCACCCUCCAAUCGAACACAGGCACCCGACAGUCUGGACGCUGCAUUGGCUGCUCAGUAUAAAGGUCCUCUGUGGAGUGCUUCAGUAGAUGUUACCCGUCCAGACUGGAGGGUCAGAAUGAUGGGGGACUUAGGAGGCCACGGAGGGUCCAAGGAUGCCAGAAUCACAUUACGGCACACUGUGCAGGGGCAGACUAGCCCUACCCUGCAGGUUGAGGCCUGGGGACGACUUACCGAGUCACAGCUGAGGUGCUCCAUGGCUGUAAACCCUGAACUCAGCUCCUCACUUGCUCUUAUCAUUCAGGGACACCACCUGCCCCAUAGUAAGGACCUGAUGGUGAAGGUAGUCCAGAAUAUCCCUAAGAUCUCCCUCUACUUACCCUCCCAGCUAAACGUUCGGUCUCAGCUGAACCAGACUCAGUCAAGUGUGACGGGUUUGGUGGAGGUGUCGUCAGGCAGGAGGAGCCUGUGGGCUCUGGGGGAACUGGCAGCCAUCGGAGGUGGAUACAGACAGGCCGUAGAGCUCAAACACUCAUACCCACAGUUGAAGCCGCUCCCCAGGAACGUCGCAGUGAGGACUGUGUAUGAAGGCAGGGACUGGACCUACCAGGUGCAACAUGGGGCUGUGUGGGGCAACCAGGAGUUCAGCCUGUCUGGAAUAUACUCCGCUCCUGCAACACUGGAGAUGGGGAACCACACGCUGAAGGUUCACAUCAAGUGUGUUCCUCGCUGGACCAGUUUGGACGUGACACUGGAGCGGUCGCUGCGAGGCCGACUGGACGCUGUGCUGCUGGGCUGGACGAGGCACGGGCGACCGGAGCAGGUCAGUGCCCUCAGCUCAUGGAGUCACUCGGAGGAUCUGAAUGAGACCAAGCUGGAGCUGAGGCAGCCGUUCUCCUCCACGCUCAGCCAGGUGUCCUUCGACGCACACAGCUCGAAGAGGGGCAAACAGAGCAGCCACCAGGCCAGUCUAUCAUGGAACAGUACGGUCCCUACCAACAUCUCCCUGAGUCUUAAUCAGCAGUGGCGGAACACGUCCAGCAGGGGGCAGGCAUGUGCCGUGUUCUCCACACAGCAGAUGGUGUCCUUUGUUAAAGGUUGUGUGUCAGUGGGUCAGGAGGGCAACUCGUAUUCACAAAACGCGGCGCUAACGUGGGAGAACAAGAGUGUGACGCAAGGCAUGACGUACCAGAAGGGCCCACGAGGGCUGCACAGCCUCCAGGUCGACGUUGAGUUGGACAGAGUGUCUCCUGCACCCUGUCCUUCACACACACUGCUGGUGAACGUCCAGACCAACCUCAGGGAUCAUUUAGAGCACACCGUGCAGCUGGGCCUCUGCCCCCCACAGCCUACUCUGUCAUGGGCAGGAUCACACAGAGUGAACGCAGGACGGGAACUGUUUUACACACAGUCCCGUUUGUCUGUGACAGGACGCCCCAACCAGUGCAGCCUCACCCUGGUCCUCACCAACUCCUCUACUGCCCAGUGCACCAACAUGUCUCUGUUCUCUGAGUCUAGGAUGGGGAACUGGAGUGUGCAGGUAGGGGGCAGUGCCUUGUCCUGGCACAGGGGCUCUGGUCUCCAGGUGCAGGCUGCACUGGACCAAAGAGAAAAGAUCUGGCUGAGUGGGAUGUUAGAGGGACCGUGCCUGCAGGCCACUGCAGGUUAUAUGAAUGAUUCAGGGCCUGAUGAGGUCCUCACUGUAGCAGCAUGUGCACGAACAAAUCGCACAUUUGCGCUGGAGGUGCAGAAGAAAGUCAACAGCAGCAAACCUGAAACUCUGGGCAGCUUGUCUGUGGGAUCAGCGCAGCAGAAGCUGGUGCUGAAAGCAAGCGGGUGUGCGGAGAGUCUGACUUCAGCAGAGACGCGGCUUCACGGUUUAAUCUCCCACAUGCAGAAGAGGCUGCUGGAGAGAAUCAAGAGAGUCCAGCGUCUGCUCGCAGAAUUCAGAGUGCAGUCCACAGAUGGUGACGUACUCCAGCAGCUGAUCGCUCUGCCUCUUGAUGCCUCCCAGUGCGUCGAGGCUGUGUUAUCGCAGAGAGGCAGAGGCCUGUUGGCUCCUUGGCAGAGUAGCUUCCUUCGUCGCACUGUGACUGACAGCCUGCCUCGCUUUCUGAGGCAGCUGCACAACGCCUCGCUGCUGGGACAACAGGAGCUCAGAAAACCCCUGGCCACUCUGGCAGGUGUGUACCAGGACGUGAAAGGCCAGAGGCUGGAGGCCCUGUGGAAGCAGCCGCUUUCGUUGUGGACAGAGAUGCUGGUGGAGGUCGUCUCCGCUCUGCUGGGAAACCCUCAGCUCAAGCCUCUGGUCCAGGCCGGCGUUGGCACGCUGAGCGCUGCCGUGGAAGUGGCAGGACAACAUAGCUACCAGUGGAUGGAGGCCAGGUUGGCCACGGCUCUGUCAGGACUCAGGAAGCGACUGGCCUCCGUCUACAAACUCUCGCCCAGCGAGUGUUCAGUGACUGUGUCGGUGCCACUGCCACCCAUUCCGUGGUCCAGGGUGUCGGAGGCCGGGCUGGUGGAGAUCCUUUUAGAGGAGUGGCUCCUGAGGCCCCUGCAGACUGUGGCCACCAUCAGACCCACGGCCGAGCUUUACCACCUCAAGAGGAAGCUCAUGGACGGCCCGUUCAUACACCAAGCUCUGCUGGUGGCCGAUCAGUUCGUGGUGACGUUUGAUGGGCAUUUGUUUGAGCUCCCGGCCCCGUGCCCUCUGGUGAUGGCCCAAAGUGUCAACGCGAACCCCUCAUUCACGCUGCUGCUCGCGUCAGACUCGCAGAACCUUCUCCUGGUGGAAAUGAACAACAGCACCAUCAGCAUCCAGCGCAGCGGGCAGGUGAAGACGAACUGCAGCAACACAGUGACUCAUUCCUUCCACAGUGACAGUGGGGUGGACGUGAGGCGAGGGGCAAACUUUGUGCACGUGUCCAAUCAGGGUGGAGUGUCGGUGUCAUGUGACCUGCCACUUGAGCUGUGCAGCUUCACCACUGAUGGGUGGUUACAUGGCUCGUCCACUGGUCUUUUCGGGACCAAUGACAACGAAGCAGGGAACGAUUUUCUCUUGCCUGAUGGCUCUCGAGCUGAAAACCUGGACAGUUUUUUCCACAGUUGGCAGGUGAAUCCGGAGUGUGUUGGACCCAGACGUGCAACACAGCGCUCGUCCGAAACCACCACAUCCCCGUUUAACUGUGAACAUCUGUUCUCUUCUCCCGAUUCCCCUCUGAGUUCCUGUUUCAGGGUGGUGGACCCCGGACAGUUCUUGUCGGUGUGUGAGCCGAGCUCCUCCAGAGCCCCCUGCAGAUUAGCAGCUGCUUUCGUCCACCUGUGCCGGCAGAACUACGUCCCACUGGAGGUCCCCGUCCAGUGCUUGAAAGUUUAAAUAAAAUGCAAUCAAAGAUGAAGAUGGAUGGAUUCUGACCUCCGCUGCUGCUAAAACAAAAGCAUUUACACUCUUAUACCACUGCUUGUGAAUUUUGUACACCACCAUAUUUUAUAUCUUCUGCAACAUAAACUUCAGUCCACUGUAAAAGUGCAGGCAUUGGUCCCAUACUGUGAAUAUGAACAUAUUGAUUAUAGUAACUAGUUUAUAAUUAAUCAUAGGGCUUUGUUGUCUGUAGUACCAACACGGACGAUAUCUGUGAAUGACUGUGGUGCGACAUCUCUACCAAAUUCUCACAACUGAACUUGAAGAGAUUAACAAAAAAUGUUUUUAUGAUACUUUGCAUUUAUUGUAUUCUAUGUAUGUUCAAUACAUUUAUAGCCCUUUUGUUUUGUAGCUAGCGUGCUCUCUAAAAAAUGGGGAUGUAGUGGUCAAUCUUGGACUUCUGUCUCUGUGUGACACACUCAGCGAUCCAGAUGAUGUUACGAAUCUCCUGCUCCUUCAGCUUGAUGUAGGAGUAAAACACUCCGAAGUGGAACUGCUGCAGGAAGGCGAGUGUGUUCAGCUUCACCUGUGAAGAGACAAAAAUGUAGUUUGAAGUAUAAAUAAUACAUUCAGAUAUCAAUUGUAAUCAAGCAUGUUUUGGAAAAAGACUGAACAUUUCAGCUGCAGUGUGUGAACAAAUGUGCAGGAAUCUUGUGCUGGUUACAUUUAUUCUUGAGGCAGUUCACUCUUACUGACUAAUGAAUCUUAUUACAUUAAAAAAAAUUACCUCUUGUUCAAAGAA